AUGCCCAUUGCCAUCGUGGACUCGCACAUCCACCUCUUCCCCGCAUCUCACCUCCCAAGUCUGGCCUGGCAUGGCCCAAGCAAUCCAUUGGGCUCGCAGCACAGCUUAGAUGAAUACCGUCAGGCAACCUCGUCAACCUCGGAAUAUCUGCGUGGUUUUAUAUUCCUCGAAACAGACCGCAUUUCCUCCGUGGUGGAUCAGCCCUCCACAGACGCUCCAGGAUGGUUCCAUGCCUUGGAUGAAGUGUCUCUUCUCACGAGAAUUGUGAUGGGAAAGCCGCUCCCAAAAGAAGGGCAUACUGAGAUUGAUCGAGAUCUCUGUCUGGGAAUUGUCCCGUGGGCACCAGUUCCUGGUGGACCGGAGAUACUGCGCGCGUACAUGGCGAGAGCCAAAGAGAGAACACAAACAGAAGAAGUCUGGCAAAAAGUCCGUGGGGUCCGAUAUCUAUUGCAGGACAAAGCGGCUGGAACUAUGCUCGAGACUGGGUUCGUGGAAGGACUACGAUGGUUGGGGAGAGAAGGGCUGGUGUUUGAUCUCGGAGUGGAUGCAAGGCAGGGUGGAUUGGGUCAAUUGCAAGAAGCAGUGGAGAUGAUGGAAAAGGUGUAUAGGGGGUUCGAGAAGGAUGAUGCUGGUGCAGUUACUAUUGUUAUCAAUCAUCUAUGCAAGCCAAAUCUCCGACUUCCAAUCGACGCUGUUCAAACCCACCCAGAGUAUCUCAAAUGGAAGUUUCUUAUCACGAAGAUGGCUCAUGCACAUGGUCGAACUUAUAUGAAGCUGUCCGGGGCUUUCUCUGAAUUUCCACCGCUGGCAGCCGAAGCAGAUCUAGAUAUUUCUGGUUUGGUCGAUCGCCUUCAGCCUUGGACUGAUGUGGCCUUUGAUGCUUUUGGGCCAGAACGCGUGAUGUUUGGCUCGGAUUGGCCUGUGUGCAAUAUUGGUGGUGGAGGAAAUGAUGUUUCAUGGAUCAGAUGGAAACAAGUCGUCGAGGGUGUUUUGGAGAAGAGGGGGUUGACGGAAGAGCAGCGGAAGGGAGUCUGGGGAGGAGUUGCUAUACAGGCCUACGGAAUUAGUAUCUAG